AUGUGUGCCACUGCAUUUGAAAUGCAAAGUUCAGAUGUCAUUGGAGUCGAUGGUGGAGAUCUAGUGAUACUUGGUGCCGAAUAUCCUCCACCUUCAUGUAGGGGGACUGGAAGUAGCAAGCCUUGGAGGUGCUUCGAAUUAAAAAGAGGGGGGGGAAAAAAUAUUGGGGGGGGGGGGGGGGGGGAAGGGUUGUGUUUUGGGGGGGGGGGGGGGGGGGGGGGGGGGGGGGGGGGGGGGGGGGGGGGGGGGGGGGGGGUUUGGGGGGGUGGGGGGGGGGGGGUGGGGGGGGUGGGGGGUGGGGGGGGGGGGGUGGGGGGUGGGGGGGGGGGGGGGGGGGGGGGUGGGGGGUGGGGGGGGGGGUGGGGGGGGUGGGGGGUGGGGUGGGGGGGGGGGGGGGUGGGGGGGGGUGGGGGGGGGGGGGGUGGGGGGUGGGGGGGGCUGUUAGCUCUUGCAGAAGCGGAUGCGGAUGCGAGUGCUAACAUUUCGGAUGCAAUACGCGAAUGA